AUGCGGUCCAAGUUCAAGGACGAGCACCCCUUCGAGAAGCGGAAGGCCGAGGCCGAACGCAUCCGCCAGAAGUAUAAUGAUCGCAUCCCGGUCAUUUGCGAGAAGGUCGAGAAGUCGGACAUCGCUACCAUCGACAAGAAGAAGUAUCUCGUUCCCGCCGACCUCACUGUCGGUCAGUUCGUCUACGUGAUCCGCAAGCGCAUCAAGCUCUCCCCGGAGAAGGCCAUUUUCAUCUUCGUCGAUGAGGUCCUUCCCCCUACAGCCGCCCUUAUGAGCAGUAUCUACGAGGAGCACAAGGAUGAGGAUGGCUUCUUGUACAUCACAUACUCUGGCGAGAACACUUUUGGCGACCUCUAA